GUCCUUCCCAGGUCAGAAGGACAACCGUCCUGGAGACAAAUUCCAGCUCACAUUCCCACUGCGGACCAACUACAUGUAUGCCAAGGUGAAGAAGAGCCUGCCGGAGAUGUACGCCUUCACGGUGUGCAUGUGGCUUAAGUCCAGCGCCGCGCCCGGGGUGGGCACCCCCUUCUCCUACGCCGUGCCUGGCCAGGCCAACGAGCUGGUUCUCAUUGAGUGGGGCAACAAUCCCAUGGAGAUCCUCAUCAACGACAAGGUGGCCAAGCUGCCCUUUGUAAUCAAUGAUGGCAAGUGGCAUCACAUCUGUGUCACCUGGACCACCCGGGACGGGGUCUGGGAAGCCUACCAGGACGGCACCCAGGGUGGCAAUGGCGAGAACCUGGCGCCCUAUCACCCCAUCAAGCCCCAGGGUGUGCUGGUGCUGGGCCAGGAGCAGGACACCCUGGGUGGUGGGUUUGAUGCCACCCAGGCGUUCGUGGGCGAGCUGGCCCAUUUCAACAUCUGGGACCGCAAGCUGACCCCCGGGGAGGUAUAUAACCUCGCCACCUGCAGCACCAAGGCCCUCUCCGGCAACGUCAUCGCCUGGGCCGAGUCCCACAUCGAGAUCUACGGCGGGGCCACCAAGUGGACAUUCGAAGCCUGUCGCCAGAUCAACUGAGGCUCCUGGCGGCCGAGCCUCCCGCCCCUCGGGCCGGCCCGCCCGCCUCCCCCCUGCUUGUGCGGUGGCGACCUGUCUUGUGUCUCCUUCUCUCCCUCUCCCCAGGAGCGACUCAGGCCCUCCCCCUCGCACGCGCUCGCACGCAGCCUGGUUUGUCCUUGUGCCCGGGAAGCAGGUCCCGCUGCCCCCCCCCCCCCAGGAGCCCACGCCCCGGGCCUCAGGCCUGCUUGUGCUCCCGCGGGCGCGGUGCGGAUGUAGGUGAGACAGCGUGUGUGUCUCCGGGUGUGUGUCUGUGGGGACGAGCGAGGUGGUCUGUGUGCUGCGGGGAGAAUCUCACGACUGGUGGGAAGACUCUAGUAGCUGCCCGCGGGCCCCCGUGGGUGGCCCGUGUGGCUUCUUCAACACACGCGCUUGUCUUUGUUUGCAAACCUUUUCCGGGGGCGCAGUUCUCCACCGGUAAAAUAAAUGUCUUCUGGUGGUUUGUUUGCUCGGGGCCGGGGCCCUCCCCUCAGAGAAUUUCUCUUUUGUCAUAGGAGUGGAUUCUCUCUUGCUCUCCGGGGGUGGGCAGAGGUGGGGGGGUGGCCCCGGGAACCGGGCACCCCACCCCCACCCCCGGUGCCCGGCCAGCAAGCUUACAGUUGGCAUCCGAGGGCAGCGGUGCUGGGCCUGGGAAGCUGCUUUGCUGGCUCUGGCCCAGGACAGCGCCUCAGCCCCCAGUCUGCUUGCCUCCUAGCCCCCUUCGAGGCUGGGAUCUGUCCCCCUCUUUUGGCUGCCGGCUGGUGCCCCUGAGAGAGGAGUGUCCCUCCCACAGUCCAGGAAGUCUUGGCUUCCGGCCGUGGGAGACCAGAGGGUCCUCCAAGGAGGCAGGGCCUCCAGAGGCCUCUCACGGGGAGCCAGACUCAGACACGGCCAGCCAGCCCCCCCCCCCUUCUUUCCAGGGCUCAGGUCCUGGAGCAGCCGCCAGCGUGUCACCGGCUGGUGACACCGAGACACGACCAGCGUCCAGACCUUUAACUUUAUUCUCCCCCGUGAAAAGCAAACAUACACAUUUCCUUCUAGUCCUUCCGAGGCGGGGAGAAAAUGUGUGUGUGUGUGUGUGUGUGUGUGUGUGUGUGUGUGUGUUGAGAGAGAGAGAGAGAGAGAGAGAGAGAGAGAGAAGAAGCACACUAAGACAGAUCAUACCCAAGGCGAGGUGAGCUCCCUGCUGGGUUCCAUCUGGGGGUCACACGCCUUGAGGGCACCCUGGGUUCUGUCACCAGGAGUCUAAUUAGCAAAAGGCUGGCGAGUCUUUCUAGAAAUUCUACCGCACUGCCUGGCUCAUCUACAGCUGCAGACAUUUCUUCCGGAGGCGCAGGUGUGCCUUCAGGGACACCUGUCUCCUUAAACGCAGGUCCGUGUUGCGUCGGGAACCGCGUGCGUCUGUGUGUGUCUGUGUUGGUGUCUCCGUGUUUGUGUCCCCGUGGUGUCGCCACGGCACCCGGUCGCCGUUCCGCGGCGCGUCGCUCUUGUCUGGAGGGUGCGGGCCAGGCGCAACGCUGUGUGCCGUGGCUCAACAGUGGCUUUCUCUGAGAACCCUGUGCUUCGUCCCAGCCCGUCGGGUCGUGGCGUCUCUGGAUCUGCAGGGAUCUUCUCCGUUUGCAUGUUCCUUGGGGUGGCGUGUCCCUUGCUCCUUCAGUCUGAUGUGUGUCCCCUGCCUGCAUGGACUUCUGGUUCUGUGUUGUGUGCCCAGUGCUACCCAUUGUUCCGUGACCAUCCGUGUAGCUACCGAAAAUGGCCGGAUAAACAAGCCACGGGUGUCGGGGGAGGUCAAGGGAGGGAUCCGUUUCCCUCUCCCCGUCCCCACUCCCCAAACACACCAAGAAGUAUUUUUUAACAUGUAGGUUGACAAGGAGCCUAAACAGAGCCCAUGGUUGGGACAGAGCGAGAGCUUGGAAUCACCCCUCGAGACCAGAUUGGCCCCACCCCCCACUUCAGCCACCUCCGAGCCGUUGCUUAGGCAAAGGCCCAGAGGGUGCUGGGUGCUCUCCUGUCAGCACCUCCCACCAGCCCCUGCCGAUCGGCCGGACCCCAGACCACCUUCUGCCCCCGCCGCGGGCGUGGUGGGAGCCGUCCGUUUAGGACCACAAGCCAUCCUCUGCCCUAACUAGAGAUGGGCAGAGCAUACCCCUAGACGCUUAUGCCUACGUCCCUCUGGCCUCCUGACCCCGUUCACCUUCCUCGCCCUCCUCCCCUGAAGCACCCACGGUGCCAGGGACGGAGGCUGGCAUCUGGCUCCCUCCCCGCCCCCAGCCGGAACGCGUGCCAAGCCCCUUGACUCCCUCACUGUGUUAACACUUGGCACUUUGCUGGCCCCGAGAAAGGUCGAUUGACAGGCACAAAUGUAUCCCACGUAGUGUUCAUGUACUCCUUAAUCUGAUCGACGCUCCCUCUUGCACUGAAUAACCCACACCUAUCUCAGGUAAGCCAUUUUAUAAAAUAGGAAGAAACCCAGCACUGCGGAGGCAGUGUCUGCUCUUCUGAGCUGGUGUCCCACAGAACCCCGGGCGUCCGGGGCCGGGGAGCUGCCGCCAGGGGCGCCCCGGGCCCUCGGGGCUUAGAUCCCACUUGAAUCGUAAGCCUUCCUGCUUUUGAUAACACAGUAUUAUUUCUCUUACUGUAGAAGAAAAAGUUUAUUACCAAACGAGUAUUUUUAUGAAAGAAAAGGACAAACCUAUAAAUUAACUCAACCUAUAUCUCCCUUGAAAACACUUUCAGGCUCCGCCAAAACGUAGGACUGAAAGCGUGUAUUUUGGAAGAAAGAGAUACAUUUUGUAUGCUUUCUUUU